AAGCGUUUCUCUGGUUCGUGCUUAGUACGCAAAUGGUGCCUGUUCGAAUGUGAGAGUGGGUCGGCGGGAACCGUGUGCCUAGUGGUCCAAGUUGAUGCCAAACUCCAAGCGCAAUGUCUUGCAGAAGCAGCACACUUCGAUGCCCUCGGAAUGAGUCAUGGCGAAGUUGUUCGUCACUUUGUGAACCAACGUGCGAACAACGCAAUCCGAAAUGCUCACAAAAAUGCGGUGUUCCACGAUGUCAGUGCGAUCCAGGCUUCUUCAGAAACCGUUCAGGAAGCUGCACACCACGUUCACAAUGUUGAUAUCAUUGUUGAGCCAGUAGACAAGAGCGACGAGGUUCGAUUCUUCUAG